AUGAAUAAUAAGAAUAUAUAAACUAGCCUUGAUCUAAAAUAAAGUAACUUUGCUUUCUGCUUGUCUAAUGAUGAAAAACAAUUAAUCAUUAUUUAAUAAGAUCGACUCGUUGCUUACGAUUUAUCUAAAGGUUAAUUUAACAUUAUUACUCUAUUUGAAGAAAUUUAGCUAAAUCAAACUAAAAUUUGUAUAUCAUCGGAUAAUUUAUUUUGUUGUGUGAGCACAUAAUUACUAAUUAAUGGUUAGCUCAUUUUUGUUCUACUUAAAUUUGACUUAUAAAAGAAAGUUUUAUCUAACAAAUAUUUAAAUUAUCAUUUAAUGUCAUUAGAUAUGUUAGAGUUUAUUCCCAAUUCUCAUAUAUUAAUAAGCUUAAGUAUUGAUGCCACUAUUAAAAUUUUUGAUUUAGCUGAUUAAAAACCAAAAACUUUAAUUACAAGAUGUUCGCAAAAACCAUUAUAUUGUAGAUUAAUACAUAAAAAAAAUAGAGUCGUAAUUUUUGAUAAUCUCUUUAAUAUAAAAUUAAUGGAUACUUUGAAUGAAAAAUAAUUAAAAUUAAUAAAAUUAAGAUUAGGAAGAUGCUAUAAAGCCUUAGCUGAGGAAAAUGGUAUUGUUGCUUUUUUAGCUAAAUCUGAUAAAUGUUAUUUGUAUGAUUUACCUAAGCAAAAAUUAAUUAGAAAGUAUAAAUCACCUGAUAAUUUUAACUUAUUUAAAGUUCAUACUAAUUAUUUGCUUUUUUAAGAACACAAUCAAAUAAUGAUUCUAAAUACGAUAACUUGUAAACAAUAGUUUUUAUACCUAUAAAAUAUCUAAUACAUUUAUAGCAUGAUGUUUAAUUAAAAUUUAGAUAAAUUAUUCCUAUGUGAUUAGGAAUAAAUACAUAUUUUUGAUAAUAUAGAAUUUUUAGAAUAAUGA